CUUUCAGACAGGAAGUGAGUUCAAACUGUUGGUGGCGAGGCCUCGUCGGUUACAGUUCCUCCGCAGCGUUGAGCAGUCUGUGUGACAGGCGCCGAGCCCCCGUCCGUCGCCCUCGCUCCGUCCCGCGACACGAUGGCCCUGGAGGAAGAGUGGCUGCGCAGCCGUCUCAGGCUGUGUGAGCUGCGCACGGAGGAGAGACCUGACUGUGGGGAGACGCGCGUGGGACACAUGCAGGUGACUGUCAACUGCCAGGCCUGUCCCCCGCCAGCGUACAACAGAUGCUCUCUUCUGAGUUCCCUGAGCAUGUAUACCCAAGCCCUGAUGGACGCCGCGAGGAGGGCACCUGCCGGGGAAGGACCGCCGCCACGGGCGAGAAACGGUGCCCUCGAGGGGUUUGCAGCGGCCCUGACGGAAAGCAUCCUGCAGUCGGCGUGGCAUCGCUGGGAGGUGGGCGAGAGCCAAAGGGCGCAACACUGUGGCCAGCAUGAGGAGGACAAGGCCAAAACCUCGUCCCAGAUUACGGUCCCUCCGGAAGGUGCUGGACACGCACCGAGCGUCACUCAGGAACGGAAGCCCCCCUUGGAGACACUGUGGGAGGCAGGGGGCGAUGAGGGCAUGGCGGUGUACGAUGAGGACAGCCUCCCCUCCGCCGUGGCCCACUCUGCGCUUCCCAGUGAGGGCUCCAUCGACUACCCUAGUGCUCCGCCCACCUCCCCCCUUCUCCCAGAAACGGUCAGGAGUCCAGGAGGUUUCUCAAGGAGCCUCAAAUGCGGCUUGGCCAACGGAUUCCGUCCCUCUCCACCCCCACCGACCCCUAAAGAUGCCGCCUGCUCGGAGCAGGGCAGUCCCGUCAUCGGGGAGGACAAGGCAGACUUCAUGGCGCGACUGAUGCGCUCGCUGUCGCUCGAGUGCACUCAGGACGAGCUGAGCGGGACGGAGGUCCAGAAGGACGGGACAACGAGGAGCGGACGAGCCAGAGCGGAGAUAACCUGCUUAUCGGAUUAUGCGGACUGGCUGUCGGCAGAGAUCAUCGAGGGGCUCGUGACGCUCAGCCCAGAGCAGUCAGAGGAACCCGGCGGAGUGGAGAUCAGUGCUGAGAGUCCUGGCAUACAGAGUCACCAGACGGGUCCUAUGUCCUGCAGUGUGGAGGGCGAUCCAAACGGUGGAGCCACACGCGCAGCGGCUGAGAGCUGGGCUGAGAGGGUGCUGGAAAUUGCAGUGCUGGAGGCAGCGGCAAAGCAGAAGGAAAUGCAAGAAGGUUCCGGGCCUUCGAGGGCAGGGCCGUCUGUGGACGUUGCGCCGUGUCGUGGGACUCCGACACAGAGAGGGCACCCCGACAUCGGUGGAUCCGGGAUGGAAGGUCUGGAGGAGCUUGCUGAGGAAUUGGUUGCCGAGGCUCUGCAACAGGCAGGCCUCUGUCAACAACCGGACCAGGAGCAAGACGGUCGCUCCGAGAACAACCUGACCCCGGCGCUGGAACAGAGGACGCAGCCCUGCCUCGAACCCCAAACCCUCGGCAGGUCAAGACUCCCCAGCCUAGGACCAAGGCCCCACCUGACCCCUCUGCCUCCCCGGUGCAGCUCUUUCGCAUCAGACCUAGCGGAGAAAGUGCUGAGAAGCUCUACGCUGGAAGCCGCCAAGCUGCGCAGAGGGCCGGCUGGGUCACGGGUUCGAGCGCUGCUGGGCAGCUGGAACCACAGCGGCUCGCGGGCACUGCAGGGCCUGCUCCUCUGGGCUGCCGCCUCGCACAUGGAGACCGCGGUCCUGCAGCUCACACUCACGGACGCGCAGCUUCAAACAAAGCGGACGCUUUUUUCCCAAGAGACGGAAAAUACAACGAGCGCAUGACAUCAGCGGAAAGAGACACUUGGAUGCAGGCGCGUGAUUCUAAAGCACACUUAAUUUGUCACAGCUUUGGAUUUUAGGGCCAGGUGUUUAACCAAGUCCCACUGCUACAUGAUCUUCCUGCCCUGACGCGUUUCGUACCGUGGUUCAGUUUUGCAGCGUGGCCCGGCGAGCGCAGCUCUCUGGCUGGACCGUGGGAGACCUGGUCACAUCGGUGCUGCGGUUCUGCGAACAGGACGAGAGGGCCGUGGAGAGGAGGCAGAGUCUCACUGACCUCUGUCUGAUCGAGUGUCUGCAGAAGCAGCUGGGAGAAGCUGCUUAGCGGAGCCAGCGACUAGUGCGUGGGGGGGGACGUCUCCAAACAAUAACAGCAAUACAAUAACAGCGCUGGACUGAGACAAGAGCGCAAGAACGGAUGCCGGAACACACGGAUACAUGGCGACUGACACGACGCACCAGAAGCAGGACCGAUUCCCCAGCUAUAGGACUGUCAUCAUGGACUGUCGUCACUCCAGGCCCGGGGGGUGUUUUUUACAUGGAAAAAAUACAUGUAUCACUUGUUUUUAUACUGGAUUUUUGCACUGAAUAAAUAUGCAAAUGUGGGUUAUUUACGCGUUUCGGAUGUUGUAAAGGAUUGCGUGACUUGACACAUACGAAAAGAUGUGUUAUUUCUACUUCGCGGCCAUUUGUCAACAACAGCAGACAAGGAUUUGUAUCAGGAAUGCUCGUCGAGUAUGUGAAUGGGAUGUAGAAAGUAGCGUCUAAAACGGGGGUUCUCAGCCUGGGGUUCGGGGACAGACGUUGUGGGUCCGUGAACACGGAUAGGAAAAAAAUGCCCAUCUUUAUUUUCUCUUACGUCCAGCUGAAAUUUAGCACUUCCUUCAACUGUGAAUGUAGUCAACAUUAAUAUUUUUAUAUCAUUGAUUAUUUCAAUAUAACUGGUCCUUUGUAACCGUAUGUAUUUUAUUCCAUGCAUUUAAAUACAUUAUUCUGAGAAGGGGUCCAUAGGCUUCACCAGACCACCAAAGGGAUCCAUGGCAUAAAAAAAGCUAAGAACCCCUGGUCGAAAAUUGCAUCUAACAACGGGGCUGCAGUUUUAAAGCAAUCUGGUGUCCAGUGACAUACAGCAGUAACCAUAGGGCUAUUAGUUCAGGACCCAGGAGGCAGGCAGCUGUUCUGCCCCCUUAGGCAAGGUGCUUAACCAAAAUUGUUGCAGUAAAACCCAGGAACAAAUCAGUAUUUGUAAUCAUCAACUAUAAAAGCGCAAGUAGUCUAUAAUGAACUAUAAAGGCACAAGCGCAAGUAGAUGCACAAAGUGAAACGUUUUAUGAAGCUGUUUUGAAUAAAAGAAUCUGCCAAGCAAA